AUUCGAAGUUUGCGGAAACAUGGCGGGUCUGGAGCUGCUGUCUGAUCAGGGAUACCGCCUGGAUGGAAGAAAAGCCACCGAGCUGCGGAAGGUCCAGGCCCGGAUGGGAGUGUUCGCUCAGGCGGACGGUUCUGCGUAUCUGGAGCAGGGCAACACCAAAGCUCUGGCGGUGGUCUACGGUCCGCAUGAGAUGCGAGGUUCACGAGGUCGGACUCUCCACGAUCGAGCGCUCAUCAACUGCCAGUACAGCAUGGCCACGUUCAGCACAGCGGAGAGGAAGAGGAGGCCGCACGGAGAUCGCAAAUCCACCGAGAUGAGCCUGCACCUCAAGCAGACGUUUGAAGCUGCUGUCAUGACGCAGCUCUACCCGCGCUCUCAGAUAGACAUCUACGUCAAGAUUCUGCAGUCAGACGGAGGGAACUACAGCACGUGUGUGAACGCUGCCACCCUGGCGGUGAUCGACGCCGGCAUCCCGAUGCGGGACUACGUGUGCGCCUGCACGGUGGGCUUCGUGGACGAGACGCCCCUCGCCGACCUUUGCUAUGCGGAGGAAAGUGGAGGAGUGAGCUCUCUGGCUUUAGCGCUGCUGCCGAGGGGAGGACAGAUCGCUCUGCUGCAGAUGGACGCCAGGCUGCAUCAGGAUCACCUCGAGACUCUGAUCGAAGCUGCAAUGACUGCUUGUAAAGGUGUGAGCAAGGUGCUGGACGAAGUGGUGAGGCAACAUCUUCAAGAAGGGUCGGUGCUCACCGGGGAGUGAUGUGGCGAGGAGGUUGGGAACAUCCGGACUGUGGCUCUGAGCGCAGUCUGAAAAUGUUUUUGGACUUCAAACGGAGAAGAAUGACGGAGAAUCGUGUUUUUUAUGCAUUCAUAGCAAUUGCUGUCUACUUUUAUAUAUGUGUGGUGAGCCGAUGAAUAAAUAUGAGAAUCCUGCAUUUUUUUCUUUUGUUGCUUGUUCAUUUGUGAAUGACUAACAAUGACAGGAAUAAAAAAAAAAAAGUUUGCAA